AUGGAGAUGAAGAAAGAUCUCAGAGUGGAGAAGAAGGAGGCGGAGGAAGAGAACAUGUGUACGGCGUUGUUGACUGCAGUUGUUGUUCUCUCAAUGGCUUGUCUUAAACAUUUCUCCUCUGUAUCGUAUUUGAUCGAACAAUGGCGUUCUUUGGUCUUUCUUCUACUCAACGUUGUUCUCUUAGCCGUUUACUUCACCUCAACUCGUCCUAUUUCCGGAGAGACUCACGAUUUCAAGACUCGCCGGGGAAGUAGAUUGAAAAUGGUGCGAGGGAAAAAGAAUAAGAAGACGACGAAGAAGACAAGAAUGGUGAAGCAACCGGCUAUUUCCGACCAAGAUUUCUUAGUCGUAGAGCCAGAGGAAGUUAUCAAGAACUGUGUAGUGGUUGAGACGAAAAAGAUUUGUCCUGAAUUCGAGGAAACUGUGAAAGAUUGCGUCUUUCACAAGAAAGACAUGGAUUUUAAUGUAGAGGAUGAUGAAUUCGAGCCAGGGAGGUUAUCGAACGAGGAGCUGAACGAGAGAGUGGAGGCGUUCAUCACGACGUUCAGACAACAUUUAGUGCUUGAUGCGCGAAGAGGCAGAGACAGAGAAACUGACCAGAAGAUGAGAUCAAAAGAACCUGACAUUAGCUUUUUAGGUCGGGAGGUCACUUGUUCGGUUUAA